UGAACAACCGCUGGAUCUUGCGUUAUGCGUAAUGAUAACAGUUUGCGUUCUGGAAAUUUCCUGCCAUUAAAAAUGACUAUUUCAUAACAUCCCAUUUGAACAAUAUCGAGGUUACCCUGUUGUAAAAUCCAAGCAAUAUAUAGGCUCUGCCAAUAAGAUGCUGUGUUGUCCCACAGUUACUCUCUCCAAUGGAUUGGAGUUACCGAUACUCGGUCUGGGGACUUCGCAUAAUGGUGGAUACUCUCACGAAGCGGUUGUUUACGCACUGCAGGAGUGUGGUGUGAGGCACAUUGACACAGCUAAACGCUAUGGUUGUGAAGAAUACCUGGCGAAAGCUGUCCGAGAGAGCGGGGUCCCACGCCAGGAUGUGUGGUUGACAACCAAGUUAUGGCCUGGGGACUAUGGCUAUAGCAACACCAAACAGGCUUGCAGAGCAUCAUGUGCCAGGUUGGGAGUGGAGUACCUAGACUUAUACCUGAUGCACUGGCCUGACUGCAUGGUUCCCGGUCGAUCCAAUAGGGAGAUGAGAGCAGAAACAUGGAGGGCCCUGGAGGAGCUUUAUGAUGAAGGUUUGUGCCGGGCCAUAGGAGUUAGCAAUUUUCUCAUUCCCCAUUUGGAGGAGUUGAAGGAGGACUGCAGUAUAGUGCCCCAUGUCAACCAGGUUGAGUAUCACCCUUUUCAGCAGCCUGAGGAGAUUGUACAGUACUGUCAACAGCAGGGGAUCGUGUUUGAGGGCUACUGCCCCCUGGCCAAGGGCCAGGCUCUCAGUCAUCCUACUAUUCUCAAGAUGGCUGACAAAUAUGAGCACACCCCUUCCCAGAUUUGUAUACGCUGGAGCAUACAGAAUGGAGUUGUCACAAUCCCCAAGUCCACCAAGAAGAAGAGGAUUCUGGAAAACUGUAAUGUUUUUGGGUUCCAGUUAGAGGAUACAGACAUGGUGUCACUGAGAAUGUUGCAUGAUGGGAGACAUGUGACCUGGGAUCCAACACAUGUGCCUUGAUAGAGAUCUUUGGAUUUUCCCUCACAGAAGAGGACAUGGCAUCCAUCAGAAGACUAAACUGUAACAAAAAACUGAUUCACUUGAGUUACCCUGUCUGGAAAGGAUAACCUCAUUCUUCUCCAUUUAUGAACCUUAUUACAAAUAGAAAAUUACUACUGCGGGUCAUUUCACAGGAAACAAAACAAGUUAAUCUCAGCACAAUCACACUCUGAUAUUCAGAGCAAUGGAUGAAUGAGUUUUCCUUCAUAAAGUUUUUUUUUUAAAUAUCAAUUUAUUUUACCAUCAUGUUUUAAAAGUUAUGUGCAAAAGAUGCCACUGAAGUGUAAGACUGACAAAGCUAUUCAAAUGUCUGACAACCUCUCAAUGGAGUUUGACGCACAUCUCUGUACCUCAUGUAGUGUUUGUGUAUGCGGACUGCCAGAGGUUCUUACAGUGCCGUGUUUAUGCAGUGCAUUGUUUUUUUUAUUUAUUUUUUUUUUAAAUAUGCAGCCCAGUUCAAAAAUGUGCUUCAAAUAAAACUUUAACUGAGGGUCAAAGUUUGGUUAAAAGCAACAUCAAAGAGUUUUUUGUACCUUAAAAUAAUGUUUCCAAAAUCAUUUCAGUGGUUCAUCAACUCGUAACAGGGUGAACGGCAAUUCUGCAUUCGCUUUCGCGGCCCUCU